AUGACGUCGCGCCUCAGCAGCAUGAUGGGCAUCAAGUCGUCGGCCAACGGCGACAAGAACGGCGACGUCAAGGCCACCACCAACGGCGCAACCGCCAACGGCCGCUCCCCGCCGGCGCGCCAGACGUCGGUCAACAAGCGAGAGGGCCCCUCGGCCCCCUACAAGCGCUUCUGGACAAACGAAGACGGCUCCCACGAGCACCACCUCAAGGUCGCAAAGCGCCAGGAGAAGCUCUCCGACAUGUUCCAGAACCUGAUGCUCGGCAAGAAAAAGGGCGAGGCCCCCGAGGACCAGCCGCUGAGCCUCAUGUCCAACUGGGUCGACGUGAUGCGCAACGAAAAGGAAAAGCUGGCCGAGCAAAAAAACGCCGUCAACGCGCUGCCCCAGACGCUGGUGCAAAAGUACGGCAAGUGCCAAGAGGUCGUCGGCCGCGGCGCCUUUGGCAUUGUGCGCGUCGCACACAAGCAGGACCCCAAGGACUCGAAACGCGAGCAGCUGUAUGCCGUCAAGGAGUUCAAGCAGCGGCCGGGCGAGUCGGCCAAGCGCUACCAGAAGCGCCUCACAUCCGAGUUUUGCAUCUCGUCGUCGAUGCAGCAUCCAAACGUCAUCACCACGCUCGACCUGCUCCAGGACGAAAAGGGCACCUACUGCGAAGUCAUGGAGUACUGCUCGGGCGGUGACCUGUACACGCUGGUGCUCGCCGCCGGCCAGCUCGAGGUGGCCGAGGCCGACUGCUUCUUCAAGCAGCUGAUGCGCGGCGUCGAGUACAUGCACGAGAUGGGUGUCGCCCACCGCGACCUGAAGCCCGAAAACCUGCUCCUGACCACACAUGGCUCCAUCAAGAUUACCGACUUUGGCAACGGCGAGUGCUUCCGCAUGGCCUGGGAAAAGGAGGCCCACAUGACGGCUGGUCUGUGUGGUUCCGCCCCUUACAUUGCCCCCGAAGAGUACGUCGACAAGGAAUUCGAUCCCCGUGCCGUCGACGUGUGGGCCUGCGGCAUCAUUUACAUGGCCAUGAGGACGGGCCGCCACCUGUGGCGCGUUGCUCAAAAGGGCGAGGACGAGUUCUUUGACCGCUACCUCGAGGACCGCAAAGAGGAAGAGGGGUACCGACCUAUCGAGGUUCUACGAAGACGGCAAUGUCGUAACGUCAUCUAUUCCAUUCUCGACCCCAUACCCGCCCGGCGUCUAACCGCACACCAAGUGCUUGCUUCCGAGUGGGUGUCCGAGGCCAAGGUCUGCCGCGCAGGCAACGAAGGCUUCUAA